GGCUGUGCCGCUACGGCCGGCGGGCAGCUUCCUCCGGGGCCGGCACCGCGGCGAACGGCGGGAUCUCCUCCCACCUUGUGAAAUGCCAUCUGUUUAGGCGUGACGGUGAGUUAUGGCUGAAGAGUACACAUGGGUAUAGAUUUAUAGAUUGUGUUUUGGAGUCGUGGAGAAUUCACAGUCUUUCUACAAUGGAAGAAAGGACAAAUUGUGUGAAGUCACAUAGUUCACUGGCUGAAUACAGCCCCGUCAAUAAGCCAGACAGGACAGAUCCAAGCUGUGAAACACAGGAAAACCCCAAUGCAAUGCAACUGAAGAAAGAAAUAUCUUUGAUAAAUGGGAUAAGCCUUAUAGUAGGCAACAUGAUUGGUUCAGGUAUCUUUGUCUCUCCCAAAGGAGUUCUCAUCUAUAGCAAAUCUUACGGAUUGUCUUUAGUAAUUUGGGCAAUUGGAGGGAUUUUUUCAGUCUUUGGAGCCCUCUGCUAUGCUGAACUUGGAACCACUAUUACAAAGUCAGGAGCCAGCUAUGCAUAUAUCUUGGAGUCUUUUGGGAGCUUCAUUGCUUUUAUUCGUUUGUGGACAUCACUCUUAAUUGUUGAGCCAACUAGUCAGGCCAUCAUUGCCAUCACCUUUGCUAACUACAUAGUUCAGCCUUUCUUCCCUUCUUGUGAUCCUCCAUACUUGGCUUGCCGUCUGAUAGCAGCUGCUUGUGAAUGUCUUCUAACAUUUAUAAACUGUGCCUAUGUAAAAUGGGGAACACGAGUGCAGGAUAUAUUCACCUAUGCUAAAGUCAUUGCUCUUAUUGUCAUCAUCACAACUGGAAUUGUUAAAUUAUUCCAGGGUUAUUCAUCGCACUUCGAGAACUCUUUUGAGGGAUCUUCUUUUGACAUAGGAGACAUUUCCCUGGCACUCUAUUCUGCCUUGUUCUCCUACUCCGGUUGGGAUACCCUCAACUACGUAACGGAAGAGAUCAAAAACCCUGAGAGGAACUUGCCACUGGCUAUUGCAGUGUCUAUGCCAAUUGUGACUGUUAUCUAUAUUCUGACCAAUAUAGCUUACUAUACAGUGCUGGAUGUUGAGGCCAUUCUUUCUAGUGAUGCUGUGGCAGUGACCUUUGCUGACCAGGUGUUUGGUAUCUUCAGCUGGACAAUUCCCAUUGCUGUAGCCUUUUCUUGUUUUGGUGGACUUAAUGCUUCCAUUCUAGCAUCAUCAAGGCUGUUUUUUGUAGGAUCUCGGGAAGGUCACCUUCCUGAUCUGCUUUCUAUGAUCCACGUAGGGAGGUUCACACCUGUGCCAGCGCUGCUCUUCAAUUGUUUUAUGACCCUUAUUUACCUGGCUGUUGAAGAUGUCUUCAAGCUUAUUAAUUACUUCAGUUUCAGUUACUGGUUUUUUGUUGGUCUGUCUAUUGCUGGGCAAUUAUAUCUGCGGUGGAAGGAACCAGACCGACCCAGGCCUCUUAAGCUGAGUGUGGCUUUCCCAAUUAUAUUCUGUAUAUGUACAGUAUUUCUGGUGGUAGUGCCACUCUAUAGUGACACUAUAAAUUCAUUGAUUGGAAUUGCCAUUGCUUUAUCUGGAAUUCCAGUCUUUUUCUUGGGAGUGUAUUUACCUGCAUCAAGGAGACCUCAGUUUAUCAACAAGCUUGUAGGUGUAGUCACACGGAACAUGCAGCUGCUCUGUUACUGUGUUUUAACAGAGAUGGACCCAGCUGAAGAAAAGAAGUUAGAAAUCAAAUCCAACUAAAAUUUUUAAGGCAUUACAAGAAACAGUAGGGGAGGAUAAAGCAAUUCUGACAACAAAAGGGAAGAGAUGGAACCGGAAAGAAGGGGGGAAAACUUUUCCAGUGGUCUUGAAGAAACACUGAAAAUGUACUUACCUGCAGCUGACCUCCAACAUCGAUCGUAACAGGUCACCCUCCUCAACUAUGGCAAAUUUUCAGGGUGUUUUCAGUGGGUGAUGAUUACCUACCCCUUUCAGGCACACAAGCUACACAUCAGUGCUGUUCCUUCAUCAGAAUUGGUAUUAAAAUGGUAAGAGCUAAUGGAUCAAAUUAGGUUUCUGCAGACCCAGGUGGUGAAGUAAUGCGUUUUCAAGUCAGACUGAACCCCACUCUGGCUUGAGAGACCAGAAGUCAUUUCUGUCUUAAAGUCUGAUGGAUGUUUGCAUGAAAUGAUUUGCUGUGCUAUCUCAGGAGACAACUGGUCACAACAAACUGCCUAAAUUUGUCAUUGUUAGCAGAAAAAUGAAUAAAGUUGUGCUACAUUAUUUAAAGACUGAACCAAGCUUUCUUCCUUCAAGAUGAGU